AUGAUACAUUUGAAAACGAAGCUUUGGCUAUUUAUUAGGUGUAUUACUGAACUUCGGUCUUAUAUAGGUGACUCUUCUUUUAUCGUUGAAACUGAUCAUAAACCACUUGAACAUUUUCAUCAAAAACAAAUUAAUAAUAAACGUGUGAUGAACUGGACUUUUAAAUUACAGGACGUUUUACCGCAAAUCGUUGCCAUUAACUAUCAUCAAGAUGCCAAUAACACAGCUGCUGAUUAUAUCUCACGCCAUUUUUCUCCAUAUGUAAACACUCGUAUGAGCUUUUCAAUUGUCCAUCAAAUCGAUGCUGACUUGUCAACUGGUCCUGAACAAUGGUCAAACGAAAUACCAAAACCACAACAUACACAAUUCAUUGCACAACCGGUUUCAACAAAUACUUUUCCUUAUACGACUGAUCUUAAUUUAGAACUUAAUGCCAUUACAACCCGAGCACAAGCUAAAUUCCUUGUUCAAUCUAAACUGCCAACAGCCACUAUUUCAACAGCACCUAUAAAGGUUCAAGCUCUAUCUGUUUCUUCAUCUUCGGCUAACUCCUUAUAUGAUUUUAGUCUAUCACGUAUUCGUUCUGAACAUGAACAGGACCCAGGUGUUCAACAAGCACUGCGAGAAGUUCGCAACGAACCAGAUGAUCAACUAUUUAUUCUACAGGACGGUAUUCUUUAUAAACUUGUUAGCAGAGGUGCUAUCAAAAUUAAAGUACUCUAUGCACCCGCGAAAUUAAUUCCAGAAUUACUAGCUGCUCAUUAUGAUCAUCCGUCAAGUGAUCAUUUUGGAAGGCUAUUAAAGUCGAAGUGA